AUGCCUCUGGACUCUGAUAUUUGUGUUAAGUGCAAACAGCCAGUGAAGUCUACUGUUACUUGUGGUGCCUGUAAACAGCAUUAUCACCCUAGUUGCGCUAGAGACUAUAUUAAAAACAAACCACUGACUCAUUGCUGUAGGAAACACCUGGGCCACCUUCUUCUUAGCUUGGAUCCUCCCAGUGCGACGACAAGAAGUCGAGCUAACUUGCUGAAAUCGACCAAAACCAAAGCCAGCACAUCGUCUGUCUCGAGUUUUAAAUCAGUAUACUCUCCCUCGCCACCUGUCUCGACGUCUUCAACUACUACUCCGAAAUCUCUCAAGUCACCUAUUACACCUAACAUGUCUUCGACUCCUGGAAAUGAUUCUGUCUUCUCUCCACCUACUCCCUUCUCUCCAGCGACGCUCUUGCCUGAAGGUUGGUCAGAAAAAUCUUUAGAUGAUAAAGUAACAGCCUUAAUGGAGAAACUCUUAGUCUCUGAGUUGACUGCAAAUCAACAGUUUGGAAAUCUGCGCACACAAAUUACUGAAUUAAAAGAUGUACAGUCCAAGACAGCAGAUAAACUAAACACCCUAUCGAUGAACGUGGAAGUAAAUGCAAAUGCCAUAACUAUGAUUGAUGGAGAACUUACCAAUUUGAAAACACAAAUGGAAACCGAUAAAACAUUGAUUUUGGAAAAACUAUCUGCUCUUGAAAAUUCAAAUUCAGGAGGUGGUGGUACUAGUGUUCCUACUGCAUCUAUAGUAACCCAAAGUUCGGCUGAGCUGGUGAUUUCAGGUAUUCCUGAUCAAAUCAUCAAAAAAUUAUCUCCUAUUAACAUCUCUACUGCAGUAAAUCAUUUAAAUCUGCUUCAACUGAUCAAUGAUGUCCUAAAUGUCCGUAAUCUUGUAAGUCACGUAGCUCAAUUUCUUAACCUAGUACAUGAAACUCACCCCGACAUUAUAAUCCUUACCGAAACUUGGUUAAAACCAUCACUCAACAAUCAAAUUUUUUCACUCAGUGACUACACAAUUGUACGUAGGGACAGAACUUUAAAACAUGCUGAUUCAGGACGCUUCAUAAAAGGAGGUGGAGUGGCUUGUCUAAUUCACAACUCUCUAAAAGUCAAAGCUCUACACAUCUCCGCGUCUGAUCACAUAAAUCAACCUGAGUUCUUAAUAGUUGAUAACUGGCUCACAUCUCUUGCUAUCUACAGGAGACCAAAAGGGAUGUUUCUUACUGAAUUCUUCGACAUUCACUCCAAACUUGCUCCCAACUUCAAAAAUAUCAUCAUAGCAGGGGAUUUAAAUUGUAAUCUCAUGGAAAACUCUUACACCACAAACCACUUGAAAGACUUUAUCACUGAAUCUUCUCUUUACUGUGUACCUUAUGGCCCUACAUUUCACAAAAACAGCUGCGACUCAUGGCUAGAUGUCAUCUUGCUUGAUAAUGUAAGUAAAUUGGUCUCCUUCACAAAAUCCGACACUCCGUUUGCUGAUGGUCAUGACUAUCUACUAUGUCAAUAUAAAAUAGACCAACCACACCAAAUAAGUAAGAAAAUUACGUUCAGAAAUUUAAAAAAUUGUGAUCACCAAGCGUUAUCAGGCUCCAUAAUAAACUCUUUAAAAAUUGAAAACUCACUACUUGAAGACUCCGAUCCAAACGAGCUGUUCUCUCUCUUCAGGUCGAGUGUGAUCUCUUCCUUGGAUCUACAUGCACCUCAACUCACUAAGAAAGUUGUACGUCAAAGUAACCCCUGGUUCACCAAAGAAUUGAAAAGUAAAUGCAAAGAGCGUGACGAAAUCUACAAACGAGCCAAGAGAACUCAUGAUGAAACCUUUCUUGCACUUUAUAAGGCUCAGAGAAAGAACCUAAAAACUGAAAUUGCACUUGCACGAGAAUUGUAUCUCAAGACUGCUUUAGCAAAACUACCGUCUAAUUCGUCUGUUUGGAGUAAACUAAAACACCUUUUUGCAUAUUGA